AUGAACACAGACGCACCUCAACAGAACAACAAAUGUGGAAGCUACCGAUGUGCAGUUCUGAACCAUUUGGGUGCACUCCCUAACGUGAAGUUGACAGGAAAUAAAAUCUUCACCUAUGGGGGUACUGACGAACUAAAUGCAAUGAUGAACCAAUUGUUCCGUGACUACCCACAUUCACAUUUCAUCAGCAUCGGUUUUUCGAUGGGCGCCAACAUCACCGCUCGAUUCCUUACGCAGGUCACAGAAGAACAAAGGCGUCGCAUACUGCUUGGUUUGAGUGUAUGCCAAGGAUAUUCGGCAACUAAUUCGGCAUCAAUGUAUCACGACUGGGAAAAUGGGCGUCGUAUCUACAACUAUUUCAUCACGGAGAACAUGAAACGCCUUCUACGACGUAAUUAUGAGCAAGCAGUUGCACCCCACGUCGCUAGUGGUUUGAUUGACGAACAGCGUCUUUGGUCAGCAACGUCGAUUGUGGCGUUUGACGAGAACUAUAAUCGUCGGGUGGCUGGCUUCCAAAGUCUCGAGGCAUUUUACUCCUGGUGCGACUCGCUGCCACAUCUUCCGAAACUCCAAGUACCGAUGAUAUUUUUGAAUGCCAAAGACGAUCCCAUCGUUCCCGAGUGUCUCUGGGAACCUGUGAAGGAACUCGCUUCUCGUUCCGAAGACAUGGCGUUCAUCUUGACAAGGCAUGGCGGUCAUCUGGGCUUCCUUGAAGGUGGCUCAUUCUCACCACAUUCCAUCACUUGGCUUGAUCGAUUCAUUGUGGUCAUGGCUGAUCAAGCUGUGAAAGCCUAUACCCAGUAA